AUCGAUACAUUUCAGCUGACACUUGACUUGAACAGCCCGUGUUGUUGUUAGAUAAUAUUUUUAAUAUUAUUACCUCCUCGAGGAAAGCGACGCUGGUAAGAUGAAUCGAAUUUGCCAGAGUCUGUUGCGUCAGAGCUACCGCAAUCCUGGUGGCCUUACGGCCGGAGCAAGUGCCUCCGCCUCCAUGCCGGGCGUGCUGAGUCGCUUCUUUGCGGCGGAUGCGGUGACCGGCGAGGCGGUGGACAAGGCGACGCUGGACAAGCUGGUGCGCACCAACAAGGUGGUCGUCUUUAUGAAGGGCAAUCCCCAGGCGCCACGUUGUGGCUUCAGCAAUGCGGUGGUGCAGAUAAUGCGGAUGCACGGUGUUCAGUACGAUGCCCACGAUGUCCUGCAGAACGAGUCCCUGCGUCAGGGAGUCAAGGACUACACCGACUGGCCCACCAUCCCGCAGGUGUUCAUCGACGGCGAGUUCGUUGGCGGAUGUGACAUCCUGCUGCAGAUGCACCAAAGCGGGGACCUCAUCGAGGAGCUCAAGAAGGUGGGCAUCGUGUCCGAGCUGCUGAAGGCGGAAGAGUCCAAAAAGGAGGAUGAGAAGGCCAAGUGAUGCCCCACCAGAGCACCAUUAGAUCAAAACCCAAACCCCCACACAACCUAAUGUCAGACCGACACACCCAGCCUAAGAUUAUUGAAUGUUUAACUCAUAAUGAUAAUGAUAUGUGUACAAUUUAAUGUAUCAGGAUAUAUCAUUCGCAA